ACGCACUUUUUUAGUUUGAAAAAGACUCCGCAAAGAAGAAGUUUGUUCGCGAACCACUAUUUUUCUUUGACUUUUUGCAUAAAAAAUACCAAUGAGUGAGCAGUCAGCCAAGCCCAUCAAGGGUAUUCUUAAAAGAAAAAGUACAUCUGCCGGUGAUGGCACUGAAGCAGCACGAGGGCUCAAGUGGGACGAGGCCAAUCUCGAGAUGAAUGAAGAGCAAAAGGACUCUACCAUGAAGAUUGACGAACCCAAAACGCCGUAUAUCCGCUAUGAUCCAGAGACGGACCAGGUGCUCAACAUGGGAGAUGUGCCAUAUAAGGCUGCUCACGAGGAGCCUGAAGACUUCUCGCUCGAUGCAGGGAACGAGUCGGAUCGAUCGAGUUCGUCUGGAAGCAACAAAAAGGGAAAGCGAGUGUAUCUCAGCGAUGACGACUGGGAUUCGGACGAGCAGCCAGAAGAAGAUGAACAAGGUAGGAAAACAGAGCGUUCCACGCCGAAGAAACAUCACGAGGAAUUCGCAAAAAAACGGGCGCAACAUUACAAUAUGGGCAAUGUACUUCGUCAUCCAGUGGACGAGGACGGCGUGGAGGAGGGAGAGAACGACGCCGGUAAAGACAACAAUGAUCCUAACAGUACCAGCAAGAAGAACAACAAGCAACAACCGCCUGUACCACCGAUACCACGACACCAUUUGGAUAAGAUGGAAGAAUAAAGAGUGGAAAGGCAUAAAGGGAGGACCCUGUUUUUGUGUAUCACAAGCACGGCAACAUUCAGUUGGUUUGUUAGUUGGAUUGAUUGGCAGCUAGCAGCAGUAAUAGCUAUCAUCUGUGUGGUGCGUGUACAAAGAGUUAGAGUUAGAGAGAGUUAGAGAGAGCUGAGCUUAUAUGAACGGAAAAGACCC